UCAAAAAAACUAACAUCCUUACCUGAACAAAUGAAGUGAGCUACACGGCACAAUGCCAAGAAAGUCUCUGUUCCAAAGCUGGAUUUUAAUUAUUAGUGCAGUUAUUAUGUCGAAUGAUCAGGUUUUCUUACAUAUGGAUCAGACAGUAAAUGCCACAUUUAAAUAAAAGUUAUUAGAGGGAUGAGGCAGAGAAAAAAAAAGUCAUCGUCAAAGCAGAAAGUUCAUCUCCACCUGAACCAAAUGACACAUAUCACAAAUUUCCAAUAGAUAAAAUCUGUAACUGAUGAGUUAAUAGACACUUUGGAUAAAUUGUGUUUUACUUUAUUUGGUGAUCAUAGCUGCACAUGAGUGUACUGUGUGUGACGUGUGUGUGUGUGUGUGUGUGUUUGUGUCAUCAGGCUGAAGGGGGUCCUGGAGCAGAUGGACCGGGGUGUCGUGGACCUGCAGGAGCUCCGCAGGAACCUGGAGCUCGCUGCUGCCAUGUUGGACGCUGUUUACACUGAUGAGACCAAGCGUCUGCUGGACACCGAGGACGAGCUCAGCGACCUGCAGGCGGAGUCAGUGCCCAGCGAAGUUCGUGAUUGGCUGGCAUGUACCUUCAGCAGGAAGAUGGGCGUGGCCAAACGUCGCCCCGAGGAGAAGCCAAGAUUCAGGAGCAUCGUCCAUGCAGUGCAAGCUGGGAUAUUUGUGGAGAGGAUGUACAGACGGACGUCCAACAUGGCUGGUCUGACCUACCCUCCCACGGCUUUGACAGCUCUGAAGGAAGUGGAUCAGUGGUCGUUCGAUGUCUUUGCCUUCCACGAGGCCACCGGAGAUCACGCCCUCAAGUUCCUGGUCUACGACUUGCUGACCCGCUAUGACCUCAUCAACAGGUUCAGGAUCCCGGUGCAGGCUCUGGUGCAGUUUGUUGAAGCUCUGGAGAACGGCUACAGCAAACACAGGAACCCCUACCACAACCUGAUCCACGCCGCUGAUGUCACUCAGACCGCACACUUCCUGAUGCUACACACCGGACUGAUGCACUGGCUCAGCGAGCUGGAGAUCCUGGCGAUGGUUUUUGCUGCAGCGAUUCACGACUUCGAACACACAGGAACCACCAACAACUUCCACAUCCACACCAGGUCAGAGGUGGCCAUUCUGUACAACGACAGGUCGGUGCUGGAGAACCACCACGUCAGCGCCGCCUACAGGCUGAUGGCAGAGGAGGACAUGAACAUCCUGGUGAACCUGAACAAGGACGACUGGAGGGAGCUGAGGGCUCUGGUGAUAGAGAUGGUGAUGUCCACAGACAUGUCCUGUCACUUCCAGCAGAUCAAGACCAUGAGGAACUCCCUGACACAGACACACAGUCUAGACAAAGUGAAGGUUUUGUCUCUGAUGCUUCACGCUGCAGACAUCAGUCAUCCAGCCAAAGCCUGGCCGCUGCACUACCGCUGGACUCACAGUCUGAUGGAGGAGUUCUUCAGACAGGGAGAUAAAGAGGUGGAGCUCGGCCUUCCUUUCUCUCCUCUCUGUGACCGCAAAGCCACCAUGAUCGCCCAGUCACAGAUAGGUUUCAUUGACUUUAUCGUGGAGCCCACUUUCAGUGUUCUGAUCGACACGACAGAGAAGGUGAUUGGUCCUCUGAUAGAAGAAGACAGGAAGGCCAAAGAAACUGGAAACAGGAGGUCCAGCCUAACAGGAAGCGGUACAGUUACAGUGGAGUCGGUGCAGAGACACAGUAGUAAUCGCCACGGGAACAGCGAUGAUGGACAGUUGGACUUUUCCCUGACAGCCAUCGACCUGCCGGCGAUGAAGCUCCACCUAUCCAGCGUCAUCGGCAGCAACAAGGACAGAUGGAAAGAGCUGUCUGUGCAUGAGCUGGCUAGUAAGGAGAAAGAGGAACAACAGGAAGAGGAGUCUAAUGUCAACUCAGAUAUCCAAUCACACGCCUCACCCAGUCACAGUGUCCCUGAUGGACAAACCUCUGACCAAUCACAGAACUCUGAGGCCUGUCCUCCUGAUGAAACACAAGAAGACAAGUCACCUGUCCACCUGACCUGGAACGGGGCGGGGCCAGGUGAGGAGAAGGAGGAGGACGGUGAUGAAGUGCCUGAAAACGCCUGAUGGCGCUCCACCUUGAACUCACCACUGUAUCUGACUGUGGCUGAUCACCAUGUCAACAGGUGGUGCGGUGCAGUGACAACGAGGGUUCAGACUCUUCUGUUUAAACACAGCAGCCAACUCAAAGGCCCCUCAGUGGCCCCUAAAGGGCCACUAGACCUUAUGUUUACAACUGACCAUGAAAAUACCACAUUCAAAGUGACGACAUUCAUCAGAUAACAGCUUCUUAGCAGCUUCACGGCCCAUGGUUCACUGUGGUGAAAGUGUUUAUGAUUUUAUUAGCAGCUCAGAGGAACAAUGUCUGUGAAAUUAGUGGAAAUAUCAAAAUUUGAAUAAAAAUAAAGACAGGCAGGUGAAAACCAAAGAGUGGCUGUUGAUGGUUAAGGCAGGCUUAAUGUCUGUCAGCUGGAGGAAUGAGACAUGGAGCUGUGAAGACGCGGUUGUGGAGGUUUUGUGAAUGAAGCUGAGCACAGGGACAGGUGUGUGGUUGUACACCUCUUAUGUUAGAAGUGAUUUCUGCUUCAUUUUCUCUUCUGGGAUCAUAUUAUUAAGCAGAUUGAGCUUCUGGCCACGCCCCCAAAUAUGUGAUGUCAGAGCUGUCAGAGAAUCAUCAAAACAUCCUCCAGGAUAUCGGAGCUGUUGUUAGCCACGUUAGCGGCAGAGCUUUGACUCCAGACUGAGAUAUUGUUGGAUUGUUUGCUGUAAAAUUGUGUACAGAUGUUCAUGGUUCCUGAAGGAUGAAUUGUAUCUACUUUGGUGAUUCUCUGACUUUUCCUCUAGAGCCACCAAGAGGCUGUUUUAUUUUUCUUGUAGUGAAGUGUCUUAACAACGAUGAAUUGUAAUAACUUUGUGUCUAGCGAUGUCAUCACAUACAUGAGGAAAAAACCUGCAGAACUGAAGACAUUCCUAUUAGCCUCAGCUGUACAAUGUGCUUAGUACCAGUUAGCAAUGUUAGCAUGCUAACACCCUAAACUAAGGCCCCAUCUACACGUAUACAGGUAUUUUUGAAAACAUUUAUUUUCCUCUUUGUUUUGGCCUUGUGUCCACAAGCAAACAGAGUUUAGUCAGGACCACUUUAGUCAAAGAAAACUUUAUUUCCAUUUGCAGUAUUAUAUUUGGUGGUAUGGC